GAGAUGCCUGGUUAUGGAGCCUGGACUGCUUUUUAUUGGUUUGCCUUGAAAGGAUACCUAAAGAAAUCACAUAAGAUGCAGCUUAUCAACAAGAAGAAGUAUGGUCCAAUCUGGAAAACAACAAUUGGUCGGCUCAACGCCGUCAGCAUUGCAGAUGCAGCUCUGAUUGAGCAGGUGUUAAGAAAUGAGGGGAAAUAUCCCUCUAGAGGAGACAAUAGGGAAUGGAAGGAGUAUCGGAUUCUACGGGGAUUGGAAAAUGGACCUGUUCUCAAGGAAGGUGAAGAUUGGCAUAGACUCCGUACUGUCCUCAACCAGAGGAUACUGAAACCCAAGGAGGCCAAACUGUUUGACAAAUCUAUUAAUGAGGUAGUGACAGACCUGAUCAAGAGAAUACAGUUUUUGAGAGACACAAAGGGCUCUGGAAACAUGGUUUAUGACCUAACAAAUGAAAUAUACCGUUUCUCAUUUGAAGGUGUCUCUUCUGUUGUUCUGGAGUCUCGACUGGGGUGCCUUGAGCCCAGCAUUCCUAAAGAAACACAAGACUUCAUCAAUUCUGUUGGCACUAUGUUCCAGAUGUUUGCCAUAAUCAUGGUUUUGCCGAAAUGGACUCGAUCUGUACUCCCAUUCUGGAAUAAAUACAUUCAGGCCUGGGAUACAAUGUUCAGCUUUGCAAAAGCUAAAGUUGACCAAAGAUUAACUGACAUUCAAGCCAAGCUUCAGAGAAAAGAACCUGUUCAAGGAAACUACUUAACUUACUUACUGUCAUGUGAUAAACUUAACCAAUCAGAAAUCUACAGCAGCAUCACUGAACUCCUGAUGGCUGGGGUGGAUACGGACCUGGAUUAAAUGCCUUUGGUAAAAGCUGUUGUUAAGGAAGUGUUGAGGUUGUAUCCUGUUGUACCUGAAAAUGGAAGAAUUCUGGAAACAGACAUUGUUCUUGGCGACUACCACAUACCUUCUCAGGUUCUCCUUGUCAUGUGUCAUUAUGCUUCCUCAGUGGAUCCAUCUGAAUUUCCUGAUCCAUUAACAUUCAAACCUGAAAGAUGGCUGCAGAAACAGGAGCUCUUAAAACCACACCCGUUCAGCUCUAUCCCGUUUGGAUAUGGAGUCCGAGGGUGCGUUGGCCGGAGAAUAGCAGAGCUGGAAAUGUACCUGGCUUUAUCAAGGCUGGUGAAGCAAUUUGAAAUCAGAACUGAUCCCAAAGAAAAGGAAGUCACUCCCAUGACUCGGCUUCUAAUAGUUCCAGGAUCUCCCAUCAACCUCCAGUUUCAUGAUCGAAACCCAUGAACUAAAAUUUGAAACCUCUAAAUGAUUAUGUAAAAGUAAAUGUAUAACCAUUUUUUACUAAUGAAUCCAUUCAGAUAUACUUUACAAGGCUAACCAUUUCCACCUUUUAAAAAACCUGAUAAAGCCUGUAGUUUAAUUAUAUUAUGUGUAGCUUAAUAUUAGCUAUCUGGAAAAGUGAGCUGUACUGUUUAUGGUAAGUACAGUAUCUAGGUCGUAUCAAAGGUUAUGAAGACUAUAAACAGUUAUUGUCAAAAUACAAACAGUGAAGAGAAAUGACCUUAUGUGUCACCAUAGAACCUUAAUCUGUUGGUGUUCAAAAUUAUGUUAAAAGAGGAAAAUUAGUGGCUUGAAAUGUGCACUGGUGCUCUGAACAUUGGUUAAACCCCCUGAGAGAACUGAGCAUCACCCUGUUCACUGCAGGGUUCUACUUUACCCUGGUAUUGUGAGGAUGGGGGAGGGGGAGUGCAGGAGUAUCAAGUGAACACUGCUUUUAAUACCUUACCCUUGCUCAGAUACACCAGGCAAUGCAAAUUUGUCCUUGGGUUUUUAAAAUCAUUAUAGUAUUGAUUUGGAUGUUAUGUAUUCAUAAAUCAGGUACAGUAGACACAUAUGUCAAGAGUUCUUCAUCCCACUCUAUGAUCAUAAUUAAAUGCCCAUGUCAGUUUAGUCGGAGCACAAUCUUCUUACCAGCAAUACUCAGUGGCCUUUUCAAUUAGUUUAGUUAUUUUCUUUCAAUAAACAACAUUAGCUGAGAAUAAACCACAAUGCUUUUAGAAAUCAGCUACUUGUGCCAGGUCACACACUAUCCAUUUGCAAAAAAUGAAUACACUAUGUAACACAAUUUUUGUUCCUGGGUAGUAAGUGUUAUUUCCUAAUUGCUU